ACAAUAAAAGGCUUAAACGUUGAGAUACGGAGACACUUUUGUGCAGAUUUUUUGUGAGGAAACACUAACAAAAUGGCGGAAAAAGCAACAAUUCCGUAUGAGAUCAAAAACGUCACGGAAGAAGAGGACAAGCUGGUGAAAAAGUACUACAAAGACUAUGUUCGCCCGUUCAUCCGUGUUGGGCCUCAUGGAUACUUCUGGAUGGCAGGUUUUGGUGAUCACGCCGGAGAUAUAUACAAUCUUGAAGUCAGACCCGAUGAUAUUUGGGUCGUCUCAUUUUCUAGAUCAGGUACCACGUGGCUACAAGAACUGGUGUGGUUGAUUGCAAACAAUCUGGAUUACGAGGGUGCUGCAACCACACCACUUACAAAAAGAUACGCAUUCAUUGAAUAUCCUACACAGACUUCAGAAAUAAGAAAAGAACAACCGCCAUCAGUCAACAGCAACCAUCGAGCAACAUUCGAUGACUUCAGAAAUCUACAUAAUCUGACUUCACCACGUUUUGUUAAAACUCAUCUGCCGCUGUCUCUGUUGCCGCCGAAAUUACUUGACACGGCUAAGGUACUUUACAUAGCGAGAGAUCCUCGCGACGUCGCCGUGUCAUUCCAUUUUAUGCACAAACUAUUCAGAUAUUUCGACGAGGGCGUCACGUUCGAAGAGUUCUGGGACCUCUUUAAAAAAGACUUAUUAUUACAUUUGCCGAUUUUCCCGCACAUAGAAGAGGCUUGGGCGAAACGGGACCAUAAAAACAUGAUGUUUUUAUUCUACGAGGAAAUGCAAAAGAAUCUACAAUCUGUGAUAGACAAAGUAUCCAAAUUCUUCGGUAAAGAUUAUACUACUGAACAGAAAGAAAAACUGGCUGAAUAUCUUAGUUUUGAAAAUAUGAAGAAGUCAUCUGGUUUCAAAUUUGGCAAAUCCGAAAAUAAAGAUAGCGAAAUAACAUUUAUGAGAAAAGGUAAAUCUGGCAACUGGAUUAAUUAUUUUAAUACAGACAAAAUGAAGAAAGAGGCCGAAGAAUAUUUUGAGAAACACAUGAAGAAUACGGACCUACGCUUCCCAGAAAUUAAUUAAGAUGUUGAACGUGUUGCUCACAUAUCUAUGUUAUUUUUUGUAAUUUACUAUUAACACUAUUUUAUUAAUAAUUACACAUAUUCU